UCAGUGAUCAGUUCUGUUCUUAUCAAGCUUAUAAACACAAUUUCCUUCCAAGAGGAGGAGGAGAAGAAGAAGCGGACAGCAGUAUGGACCUUGGGGAGAUGGGGAUGGACCCCGUCCUAAUCAAUGCUCUCCACGAGCUCCUUGACUUAUCCGAGGAGACCCCGGAGAAGUCAGGCCACCAUACCCCGUCCCGUGCCUACAUCCGCGAUCGAAAAGCCAUGGCCGCCACCCCUGCUGAUGUCCUCGAGUACCCUGACUCCUACGUCUUCCUGCUCGACAUGCCCGGACUCAAACAGGGCCAGAUCAACAUCCUCGUCGAGGACGACAACGUGCUGGUGGUGAGCGGGGAGAGGAAGAGGGAGAAGGCCGACAAGGAGCAGCGCAUCAAGUAUGUGAGGAUGGAGCGGAGGCACGGCAAGUACCUCAAGAAGUUUGCGCUGGGUGAUAAUGCAGACACCGAGAAAAUCACGGCAGUCUACAAGGAUGGGGUCCUCACGGUCACGAUGGGGAAGAGGCCACCGCCCGAGCCAAAGAAGGCCAAGACCAUUCAGGUCCAAAUCGGGUGAAGAAAGGGACAAGACGCAUAUAUAGUGUCGAAUGUAGCAUACAUAUGCCGAUCAAGGGUUUGCAUUAGUCCUUAUGUGGAAAAAGUUGCAUUCUCUGUAUGGGCGUCUGUUUAAAAGAAAAAAGAUCAAGUCUAAUGUUUGAUGCUUCUGUAGAGUAUAUGUUCAGUGAAGUGUGCGUGUGAUCGGUGAAGUGUGUGCAAUCAGGAGGGUAUGGUUGGAGCUAUGUCAAUAUGCAUGACUUAAUUGAAGGGAUGAUGCUUUCGAGA